GCGCUAAAUUUGAAAAUCAAAACAUAAUAGACAGGCGACAAGUUGUGUGCAAAGACUUUAGUAGCCUUUUGACAUCAAUUUAAAUUUAAGAAAGCUAAAAAAUGCUGAAAUUAAUUAAUGGGAGGAACUGGUACGCUGCUUGUACGUUCAGAAGGGGGAUAGUUAUUUCUUCAGAAAAAUUUUGUCUAAAAGCUGAAGCCUCUUCUGAAGAAGACUCAUCUGGUGCCGACAACCCAUACUUUGCUGAUUUCCAAAAGUUUCACAUAGAAGCCUCACCAGCUCAAAAACUGGUUCUGUCUAUAGGAUCUGCAAUAACCACCCUGCUGAAUCCAGGAAGGCCAGAUGCCCUUGGUGUGUUUGGAGAGACGUCUGGACAUUCAGCCCUUCAAAAAAUGCACGAAAAGAUGAUGGCGAGCAGCGAUGGUCAAUUGAUUUUGACAGAUAAACCGCGAAUCAACUCCUCCACAGUUGACCUCAACUGGCUGAAAAAAUUGCCUCCAAAUACUUUAGGAAGAACCUAUAUCAAGUUCCUAGAAGAAAAUAAUGUAACGCCGGACUCGAGGACACCGGUGCAAUUUGUGGACGACAUUGAGCUGGCCUUUGUAAUGCAGCGCUACCGCGAAAUCCACGAUCUAGUCCAUACUGUAUUAGGCAUGCCAACCAACAUGCUAGGUGAAGUUGCUGUGAAAUGGGUUGAAGGAAUCCAGACUGGACUUCCCAUGUGUGUUAGUGGAGCAAUUUUUGGACCAUUGCGAUUAAAACCAAAACAAAGGCAGCGGUACUUGAAUUCCUAUUUACCUUGGGCACUUUCAACAGCAGCAAAUGCAGAAUUCGUCCUUAACAUCUAUUUUGAAAAAAGAUGGGAACAACCAAUGGGCGAAUUACUGAAAGAGUUGAAAAUUGAACCUUUUGUUGAGACGUGAUUCAUGAUUUUAUCUCUAAAUGAAAUGCAUAAAUAUAUUAUAUGAUCCACAA